AUGAUUGCAGAUAACGUUGUAAUGAUACCAACAAGAAGUGGCAAGAAGUGUUUAUUAAUGUUAGACGGGUAUACUUAUUCUCAAGUAAACUAUAGCAAGUACUGGCUUUGUUCGUCGACUAAAGCUAAGAACUGCACAGCGCGCAUCAAGCGAGAUGUAGAUGGAUCCAUAGAAUAUGUACAAACGGAACACACGCACGAACCUCCUAAAUAUUAUUGUCGCGAGGGCAUAUAUCUGCGAGUAUUAGUUUUGAAUAUAAUACUAAAGCUGUUGGGUAUUUCAGACGUGCAGUUCAUUCCAACGGAAAAAGGCAAAUACAUUUUGGUUCUAAAAGGUUUUACGUAUUCUCAAGUUGGGGGAAGAUUCUUCUAUUGUUCCUCAAAGCACAUGGGGUGCAGGGCAAGGGUCAGGCUGAUGGCGGGGAAGCUGGUGGCCUCAGGGGACGCACAUAAUCACGCACCACCUUCUCACGCUCGGUGUGGCAAUGGUGCCUUCGUUCAGCUUCGACCGCGAUCUCAGACAGUUCCUCCUGUUUCUACAGCUAUACUUCCUUCUCCUAUCACAUCACCGCGUGCAGCAUCUUUAGCUCUCCAUGCUCUGAACUUUCCUAGAAUCUUGCCUAAAACUGACUUAUGGCCCCGACUUGCAGAAGAAAAAAAGGAUCAU